AUGUCAUCCAAACGAAAACUACCUGUAUCAUAUUCAUCACAAGAAAUUAACACCGAUUCAAAUGUAAAUAAAUCAGAAAGUUCAUCUCGAUCAAAUACUUGUCGCAUAUGUGGUGAUACAGCACGUAUUAUUAAUUAUGGAGCACUUUCUUGUCAAUCAUGUAAAACAUUUUUUCGUCGGAAUGGUUUUCGACCAGAUAGUGUUCGUUUAUGUAAUUUUGACAAAUGUUGUGAAAUCAACAUGCAAACACGACAUACAUGUACAGCUUGUCGUCUUGCAAAAUGUUUUAUGAUGGGUAUGAGUUCAGAUCUAAUUCGUAAAGAAGAUACAAAAAAAUUAAAGCGUACUUCUUCAUUAAAACAAAAUUCUACUACUGAUCAAAGCACAUCUCAAGACAUCACGGUUCAUACUGUACUACAAAUAGUUACAUCAAAUACAUCAAAUAUUCUUCACAGUGAUCAAUCUUCUCAUUUUGAUUCUCAGUGGACAUUACUAUCAAAUAUUGUACAUUCUCAUGAUACAUUUAGUACCAUGUCACAAAUGCUUAUUACUGUCAAUAGUUUACCUGCAUUAAGUGGUGAAGCACAUAGUAUUGUGAUUAAUCCUAUUGAAAUUAUCAAUCAAAUGUGUAUAUCAAUGCAAUCAUUUAUUAGUUCUUCACCUGAUUUUCGAAUAUUAACUCUUAGUGAACAAACUUCAUUGUUCGAACGAAAUCUACAUUGUGUUAUUGCCUUUUAUUCAACUCUGUUUUUUCGCCAUACAGGCAUUCUUCGUAUUCCUGAAUAUCUCAAUGCAUUUAUAACAAUAUAUGGAUCUGAUAUAAUGUUAUCUUUAAGACAUACAAGUGAACAACUAGAUCCUGAUCCAACAUUGAUUAAAAUCAUACUUAUUAUAUUAGCUUUUUCAUCCAAUUGUCUUAUUGUUAAUACAAAUAAAACGAUGGAACGUGAUAGUUUAUUAGAUGGCACAUUUCGUCUAUUAGGAAGUCAGAAUGUUUAUGUAGAACUUUUAUGGAAAUAUUUGAUUUCAAAAUAUGGUUAUGAUGAAUCAGCACUUCGUUUCACUCGACUUAUACAGAUCUUCUUAUGUGUAAUAAAAAAAUUAGCAAUUGUUUAUACAAAUAAUGCAAUUCACCGAAAAAUACUUGAUGGUGUUACUGCCAGAACAAAACAAAUUCUUGCUAACAACGAAAAUGAUCGAACUCUUUUAUGGGGGAAAGGUUUUGUCAGUCAAUUUCAAUAA